UGAAAAUGCGUAAGCAGCGAAGAAACGCUCAUAGUUGGAUUAAUGGAACUAUCAGCGAAGCAACGCUGGCAACGCCAAACCGAAAAACGUGCUGUGAUGCUUGGUGAUGCUGUGCAAUUGUGUUGUGAUAUUAUAUGUAAGAAGAUAUACGUACGUAAAAUCUUUAUAAGUAAAAUAAUUAAGAUGGAAGCUGAAAAUGAUGGUUAUUCGACAAUGAACAUAUACAAAGACAUUUCAUACACGUGCGGCAUUUGUGAAACUAUUUUUGAUAAUCAGGAUGAUUUGGCGUAUCAUCCAUGCUUUAAAAACUAUAACAAAUAUGUUAUUGAUGAUAAUUUCUAUUGUUACCCCCAAUGCGAGAACGGAAAUGUGAUUCGUAAUAGCUUGAUGGCUGAUGGUACGGAGGCUGUCGUCAUGACGAAUAUACCAAAUGUUUCCCAGUGCAAUGAGCCAAUAAUGGAUUUUGAAGCAAAAAAGAUAGCCAUAGAAGAACAGCUGAUUGAUGAAGUUUUUCAACGACCCGCAUUGUGGAAUUUCAAGCUACCUCUAACUGAACGCAGCCAACAAAUCAAGAAAAAGCUCUGGAAAGAAGUGUUUGUAGCUUUGGGUGGAACACUUUCCAUCGAUACCAUGAAAAAGAAAUGGAAGUCGCUAUCGGAUUCUUUUCGGAUUUAUUUGAAAAAAGAUCAGCAAGCAGUAAGCGGAUCUGCCGCAAGAAGUGGAAAAAAACCGUGGGUACAUUUCCAACGUAUGCAGUUUUUAUAUGAUGUGCAGUUAGAGAGCAAAACUGUCAGCAAUAUCGAGCUACCGGAAUUUUAUAAUUCGCAGGAUUCACUGGAGACGGCUUCGCUUUACGGUAGCCACAACAGCAGCACUGAAUCACGUUGUGAAUCACGAAGUGAUAAGCGUCGCAAGACCGAAGAUCCACUGGAUCGGGUUGUCAAUGCCAUGAAUCUUCUAUUGUCCCUUAAUGUGGACCAAAUAGAGACGGUUUUAUCUCGUACACAGAUUGCUGACAAAUCUGAUAUAUCUGCGUUAUUUGCUAAUUUCGUAGCUGCUCAACUUCGUGACGUACGUCCGGAAUUGCGGGACGCAGCGAUGUUGAAUAUUUUUAAACUAAUAAUUGAAGUAAAAACUGCAAAAAGAAGUACAAUAUAACAGCAUCGAGAAUAUAUCCCUCCGUUUUGCAGUCGCUGCUCUUUUUGUAUUGUUUGUUAAUUUUUGUAUAAGGACAUCUUGUGCCUUGACUCUAGAAUGCUAUUGUGCGUUAUGUUUUCAAUUUAUAUUUUAUAAUUUUUAUUUUGUCAACUGAUUAGAAAGCAAUGAUUUUAUCUUCUUUCAUAUGUAACAUUUACAUAUCGAUAAUAGUGCAACACUUUUCAGUAUUUUUAAUAACUUUAUUAAAUACAUUUUUAAGAAAAAGCUUUAUACAAUGAUUUUGAAUUAAUGAAAUUAUUGUAUAGUAUACAUUUAGCGAAAAAGUGCGUGUUUUAUUGUAAUAAAGAUACUCAUUGUAAAGAGUAACGUAAAACAAACUCGUUACAUAUCAUAAUGGUAGGGCAUCCAAUGACAUGCUAAUAUAUUGUAUUAUUUUAUUACCUGAAGUACAAACUAAUAAAUUUUAGAAAUUUUA